CUGCUGAAGGUGUGAGAGAAAGAGAGAGAGAGAAAUAGUGAGGAUAAAAGAGGAAGAGGGAGAAACCGGGAGCGAACGGUCCACUCUAACGCAGUUAUGCCGACCAACUCCAAGCGGGUGCCGGUGAACUAAUCGAACCCCGUUUCGAAUUCCGCACACCCGUGCGUGGAUUCGUAAAAGAACAACAAAAUAUUAGAAACGUGAGAAAGUACGUAAAGGAAAGUAAGAAAGGAAGGAAGAAAGUUAGAGAGGGUGCUUGUUGAAUUGGGAAGAAAGAACUGAUGGGGGAGUUUAUACCCCGGGAUAAAAAAAAGGGGAAAAUUAAGAAUAGGGAGAAAGGUUUGAAGGUGGGGAAAAAGAGGAGUUUGAAGGGGGGGGGGACAAAAAAAUUAUUAGGAGUGAUCGUCGUGUGAAAAUAUUGAAAAAGUAAGAACCGAAACGGAGUGUGAGAGAGUAGGGGAGUGAGGUGGAGUGGGGGCAGAACGAACACGUGGAGAGGAUUGAGACACAGUGUAUAAAUACAAAAAAAAUAAAAACAUAUAAGAAGGAAGAUAAAAACAAGAAGAAGAAGAUACAAGUUGAAGAAAUAUCUUGUCUUCUAUUCCAAGUUGGGUGAUAAAAAAGGAGACAUUUAGUGACAUUCGCGAAAAAAGUGGGCCGGAAGGUGAAGUCUUUGGACAAUUUCUUGCUCUUCUUUUCCUACGAAACCAGAGACAUUCAAAUAUGAUUAGAAGAAGAUAGAAACAAUACACUGUCACGGUUACAUGUCGAAGACACAUCGUCGGCUUUAAAUCUCUCAAGAGGAUAAUGAAUGCACCAUCGUAUCAGACGACUACUACAACGACUACUAUAACGAUGACUAUGUCACCGACAAACACAAUACCAACACUAGCACGAGAAAGUGGAUGACGAGGAGACAUGAGGUGGUUUUCAAGAGUCCACCAACGACGACGACUAGACCGCUUGAUUCCUCUGCUAACUGUGCUCAUGCGAAAAGGGAAGAAACUUUAGAAAAUAAAAAAUAAAAAAAAGAAGAAGAAGAAGAUGGAUCGUAGAAAAUCCAUCCAUUCCAAAGAGAUAAAUUCUUCUCAACCUGCGGGAUAAAUUACAACGAACAACGAAGAAGAACACAGUACACGCAACGUCUUCGAGGUUUCGUAUUUUUAAUACGAAAUCCUCGAAGGUGAAAAAUUUCCAUGGAAAAGGAGUAGCAAGUGGAAAAAAAUCAGGCAUAUUUGAUUCUUCGAAGAAGACAAAAACAAUCGUUAAGAAAGGACUACUAAAAGUGUCAAAUCUCGAAACAGUAGAAUUCGAAGAAGAAAUAAACGAGAGCAACAUGAUGGCGGGUGCCGGUGUCGGUGGUGUUGGGAUGCUCAGAGCAAGAAGGCGGGACGUCAGUGUGAAACCAAAUAGAAAACUCGACCGGAAGUCCUCUAGGGGGAUGAUUUACGAGAACGAAGAACUCAGAUUGAGAACCAUUCAUAUUAACGCCGAGGUUGAACAAGGUCAAAACGAUAUAAAGAAAUUGCGAAGGGAGAACGAACAGCUGCGCAGAGAGAUAUGGAGCCUUCGGGAUGAGUACGAUAAGCUCGAGGAGAUACUGAAGAGACAAAAGAAUCGUACUGAAAGCGACGAAUCUGAGGAUCGCUCCGAAGAUGAUGACGUGCUACAUUCGGAUUAUUCCGAGGAGAACGAGCAAGAAGAGGAAGAGCCUGAGAAAAUUCAAAAUAGUAACGAAAAGACAAGGCAGGAGCACGAUCAAGAGGAACAAUUAGAGAAUGCUGAAAAUCAGAAAAUAUCGACGGAAAAGAUGAACAAUACCAAUUUGCAUCGAUUGCACGUUGAUUUUGAUGAUCUUUCUGUUGUCGAUGAAGAAGAAGAGUUAAAAAAAGAAAAAGAUAGAAAAGAAACAACAAUAAUGAGUGAAGACAAUCAAAAAAAGUCUAAAGUUAGAUUGAUAGAACCUAGAAAACUACACGACAAUAUACCCUUUUAUCCAGGUAGUUAUGAUUCUAGUCAAAGUUUUACGGACGCCAAUUACUUUCCCGAAUAUCCAUGUCCAAACACAGUAGAUUCAUUAAUGCGAGGUGGUAGCAACUUGUCAACUGUCUUACCACCUCUUUGUCCAGCUAUUUAUGCGGAUCCAUUAAUUCCUUUGGGUACAUUGGAUUCUCCAAUAUUGAAUCCAAUGAACGAUAAGAUAAUACCAGAAAUCCACGUGCCACCGAUUGGUUGGCAAAACAAUCUGUUACUUUCGGAGUCAACGGCAUUGCCAAGUUAUCCGAAUGUAUUGGCUAGCAGUAGUGUAUCAAAUUCAACUAUGAGAAUGGCAAACGUAGAAAGCUCGCAGCAACAGCAGCACUUAGAGAGUCACGCAGUUGGAAACUAUCAAAGUUUCACGAACACGGCUAGUAUACGACAAAAGAGAAACUUAGAUGAUUCGAAACAGCAGCAACAGAAGCAAGGGAAACAGCUUGCUUUAAGAUUAUUUGAAAAUUCACAUGCAUACAUUCCAAGACAACAAAAAGAAGUGUCGUUGGGUAACCUUUGGGAUGAAAUCGAUGCAUCCUGCGAGAAAAAUAUUGAAAAUGAAAGAUUAAAUGGCUAUCGGAAUUUCGAAAAUAACGAGGAAAAGGAUUCCGAUGAAAAUUAUGCGUUCGAUGGUGUGGAAAAACCGAAACACUUUUUUGCCCCAUUAGCAACGACAAAAUCGAAGAAAUUAUUGGACGAGGAGUCACCUACCGUUUGCGGUUCAAAUUACUUUGGAACUGGAACUAGUUCCAGUAGUGGCAAAACCGGGUCUACGGUGAUCUGUGAAAGCAAUCAAUUGUUAGGGUUAAAGGGUUCCAUUGACCUUUGCGUUAACGGUGCAGUUUCCUAUGGAAAUAAUUUCUACCGAGAGAAGGAAGAUCUACAGAGAAACGUGUAUCUAAGUACGGACAAUCUGUUGAUUGAAAGCGUCAAGCCUACACCGAUCAAUCAGUUAACUAAAUCAAUGUCCUGCCAGGAUUUAAGCAGUGAUUCGCAACCCUUGACAAAGAUUAACUACAACGAGAAAGGACAGACAAUGACUAUGAGCGACAAUACUUUAGACAAUUUAACCAACGAAUCAUCUUCGACUAAGGCUUAUAGAACUCACUUAAAUGUUACAUUAAAAAUUCCACGUCACGAUCGUGAAAAAAACGCGAAUACCCCAGAAAUACCACAGUUACCAUCGGUGGAUUAUAGAAUUCUCACGAAUCCAUUUCUCAGGAAUAUUGAACGAAAUGUUCUUGAAUCUUCCGAUCGAAAUUCUCCGAUAACCAAACCACUUUCCGUUCAAGUCAGUGAAAACAAUAUAAAUUAUAGUUAUCCAAGUUCACCGCCAAUACCACCACCACCACUACCACAGCAACCAAUGGGCUUUACUAGAGGACUUAGACCUAGUGAAAGAUAUCGUAGAAGGCAAGGAAAUUUAGUACCCGAUCAGAAUCGAUUGUUGAUUCCUACCGAUCAAUUGAUCCCAAAUAAAAAUCUUUCUACACCAGCACAAGACUUUCAAGUAACCUCUUUCGAAAGACCAAGUCCCCAUGCACUGUUACCAUCAGCGAUGCCCUAUGACCUGGAUACUUUAAGAAGAAUAAAUGCAACACGUUAUCUACAGAAUCAAAAUCUUUAUCAAAAUAUACCAUUCGUCCCAGCUGGACCAUCCCACGUUUGUCCCACUUUACAAAUGUAUUAUGAUCAAAAUACAAAAAAGGUACCAGCUCAAACACAAACAUCAAUAGACGGUGAUUCCCAUAUCGAGGAUGAUCAAAGUUGUCUGCAUCAUCAAGAAGAAGAAAAUAAUAUCAGUAUACCGAACUCACCGAGCGGACAACGACGCAAACGAACAAUGAAAAAAGAUAAACUAAGUACAAAACCUCUUUCACCGUUAGCUCAAAGAAAAUUGAAAAAACAGAGUAGCGUAACAUCAACGGAAAUGCCUGAAUCCCCAGGCAAAUCUGUGGUACGUCAAAGAGCUAGAAAACUGAGUAUCACGACAACUACGACAUCGGAUGCCCUUGAGGAUAAAAACGAGAGUAGAUCAUCAUCCUCGGGACAAGAUUCACCAAGAAAAGAUCAAGUCAGACGAAUAUCAACUUAUUUCAAUCCAAAAAAACGACCGUCGUUAACAUCAAUCAAAACAACGAGAAGUGGUAGUUUAGAAACAUCUAAAGACAAAUAUUCAGAUGGUCUAACUACGAGUACAUCGGACAAAGAAAUAAUUCAUUCUGUACAAAUUAAAGAAGGCACUAAUAUUGCUGUUAAAUCUAGAAAAGGAAGCACAAGUAGUGGAAACGUUCCCUGGUGUGCUUGUUGGGGUAACGGUUGUGUUUGAUUCGGGACCAGGUAUACGGGUUUAAAGGUUCUCUAUAUAUUCUUAAAGUGAGAUAAGAUCUUUAACGCUGUUGGUAAAGGUGAAUCGUUAAAUUCAAAAUACCGCAGGAAACGGAAUGAACUUCCAACAGUCUCGUCAUGAAUUCAAUCUGAAAACUGUGAAAUAUAGGUUGAGGAGGGGUAUGGUCUACCAGGAAACUUGGAAAUCAUUCGAAAUUCAAAUCUACGGGUUCGUUCGCAACUGCGACACCGAAUGGGACCACGAUAAAUUCUACAGAGUAGGGAAACUUCAACUAACCUACGCGUCAUUUUCCGAAACUAACUCAUAGAGUAUACGUAUGCAUAGUUUGUGUGUGUUUGUGUUAACACGUACGUAUAACUCUGAGUGAAAUUGUGACCAGGUGUAUCAUAAAAUCAACGCACCUCUUGGAAAUGAAUCAUAAAACUAGUCUCCAAUGGUAAUAUCACCUUCGUGUAUAAGUGAAUCAUUAUAUUUCUACAUGUAUGCUUGUGAGUGUAUCUGUGUUAGUAAUGUGAACGAAAACGCGUAUGAAUUACUGUGUAAAAUAUGAAUGCACCUGCGGAAUAGGUCAAAAACCUAUGUAUUGAAACGACUGCAAAAACGUGACUUAAAACUUUACAAUUUGAUCAUAUUUAAAAUAUAAUAUUUAUAUUCAUAAAUGAAAGUAAUAUACAGUAUAUGUAUAUGUGCGUUAUCAGUAGGUCAUUACAUAGAAUUUAAUAUUAUUUUCUUUAAAGAAAAUUUUAUGCAUUUAUGCACACUUUAUCGGUCAUAUUAACUGUGCUAACGUAUUUAAAAAAAAAACACACACAAUAAUAGUAUAAAGAAAAUAAUUUUUAUUUUACAUAAUUACAAUAAUUAAAAUAACUUUUCAUAUUUUUUAUUUGAAAGAAAGAAAAUUAGGAUCGUAAUAUAAGAAACAAUUAGCGUUCGUGUUAGUGUAAUUUGAUGAAGAAUUGUUUAUUAUUUUAUUAUUGUUCUUAAUUGAACAAUUUGUAAUUCUCGUUGUAACAUUGAUCAAUAUCAUUGUUGGACAGUACGAAGUUUGAUUAGAAUUUAAUGAUUGUACGAUAAUCCGGAUCAUCGAUAAUUUGUAGCUUAUCUAAUCGAGAAGAAGGAUAAAAUCGGUCCAUGAGUUACAUAAGAAAUUUAUUAAUGUUCAACGACGUGAAGGAGUACUUAUGCGUAGAAGUUGUUGCCGAACAUCCGGCUUGAAAAGUUCAAGAGAGUGGCGUUAAAAGUUUCGUUGAAAGUUUCACUACGGAAGUUUUCCUUCCGCUUCAUUAUGAGUAUACGAAGAAUAAUGCUUAAGGACUUAAAAUUAAUCUAAGAAAAAAAAAACUAAACAAUAUAGGAAAAGAGAUAAACAAAAAUAAUUAUA